UCCUAAAUAGUAGGGAGUAAUACAUAUGCAAAAAACAUAGGCCAUAUGCUCAUAUUCGCACAACAUCAACAGAAUCCUUGACCAUUGACCCAAUUUCUUCAACCCUUUAUUCCCGCUUUACCCUCCACAGCCUCAAUAAAUACUUUCCCAAUUUUUCUCUCUCCCAAACUCCUUUGAGUUUCAAUUCUCUCUUUUCUUUUUUUCUUUUUUUGAAAACUUCAAUUCUCUAUCUAUGGCGGAGAGCAACAAGUAUUUGUUAUCGGAACGACGGCAGCCCAGCCAGUUGAUGCAGCGGCGAGCGCCGUCGUCGUCGUCGAUGCAGAUAAACUGCGCCGCCGCGCAUUGGAACGCGGCGAUUCCGAUGCUAUCGCCGUUGGUUUCGUCGCUAGAGUCCAGGAAUGACCUGACGGCGGCGAUUAAUUUGUAUUCUAAUUCUAUGAAGGACGAGCUGGCUAAGAAAGAGCAGGAGAAGCCGCCGUCGCCGCCGGCGGUGUUGAAGAGAUGGCAACACCCGGCGAUGCCGUUUUGCCAAGAGCAGGUUCCUCCUUUCGUGCCGUUUGCACCGCAUAUGCUGAUCGAUUAAGUAGAGUAUCAAAUAUUUUGAUUUUUAUAUUUUUUGGUUAUAAUUUUGAUGGGUAUAUAAUACUCUGUAUGUGUUUAUAUUUUUACUACUUUACCGUUUUGUAAAUCAAAUCUCCUACCACUUCUAAUAAACAACUUAUUUUUAUUUUCUUGACUAAAA